AUGCAGGAGGAAGUUCCCUUCCUGUGGAAGCUGCAGCUGAUAUACAGUAGGAAUGAAUUGUACCGCCAGCUGGAGCACCUGCUCGGGCGACCGGAAAGUGUGGAGCAGGCGGAGGGGUACUACGACGAUGUAGAGGAGUUGGUGGGGCUCUUUUUGCGCGAGGGAGGCAACGCGGGCGGGGAGGAGUCGCUGCUCGCGGCGCUUAACAGCGCCAUUAAUGCUGCUGGGGACGAUGAGCCCCCCAUUCCGUUGGAGCAGCUUCGCGGUCUUGUGCGUCUUAUGCAGACGAACCUGCGUGGCGUCGACUGGCCGAAGUGCCUUGAGGCCGGUGCGCUCGCGAUUGCGGAGAAGGAGCGGAGCGAAGCGGAGGCGGCGUUGCGGCUGAAGUUGUUGCAGCAGGAGGAGGAAGAAGCGGCGCAGCGGGAUGAGCGGGGACGGAGGGCGCUCGAGAGCCUUGCAACCGACGCUGCGGAGCGCCGUGCGGCGAUGAAAGUGCGGGCGGAGGAAAAGAUGCAGCUGGCGCAACUGGUGCGCAGCGGUCUGCUUGACGAGUCGGAGUUGCUGCAGCUACGUACCGAUGACGAGGAGGUGGAGCAAGUGGAGCUGAAUGAGGAGGAGCCGCGGUUUCUGCGCGGGUUGGUGCGACAUCGACCCAUCAACUACCGUGCACUGCUGCCGUCGGAGCAGUUGAUGCGGGCGAGUACGCCAGCGCAACGGGAGGCGAUUAUUGCACGACGGGCCAUGCAGCAGACGACCGCCGAUGAAAUUGAGACGAACAGCAUGAAGCGUGCGGCGAUUUCACAGCAGAUACGCAACAAAGACCGGCAGAUUCUCCGAGCGAAGGAGCGGCGUCUGCAAAGACUGACCGAACACGCACGCUGCGGCGUGGACGACGGCUUUGCGCGCCGCAACAGAGGCGCCAACGACGGGGAAGGGGAGGAGGAGGAGGAGGGCGGGUGGGAGGCCAAAGGAAACGGCCAGUACAAUGGCAAUGCGGAUGACAACGGCAUACUCGGCCACGAGCUGCUGGAGCGUCCGGAGGAUCGUGCGGGUGGUUUUCGCUCCUCACGGGAUUUGCCAUCACGGUUGCCGCCGUGGAUGAAGCACAGCUUUGGAGAGAAACCACGAUUUGGACCCACGUUCACGUCGCAGAGCAUCACGGAGCAGCGCCAGUCGCUGCCCAUUUACGCCUAUCGUGAACGGUUUCUCGAGCAUGUGGACAAACACAUUGUGACUGUGUUGGUGGGGGAGACCGGUAGUGGAAAAACGACACAGAUCCCGCAGUAUCUUGCAGAGCACGGCUACAGCAAACGUGGUGUUGUCUGUUGCACACAACCCCGCCGUGUGGCGGCAGAGACGCUUGCCAUUCGUGUGGCGGAAGAGUACGGCUGCCGCUUGGGUGAGGAGGUGGGGUACACGGUACGCUUCCGCGAUGUCACGUCCUCACUGACGAAGAUUAAGUACAUGACGGAUGGCAUGCUGCUACGUGAGGCUCUUCUUGACGACACAUUUCAGCGUUACAGCGUCAUCAUUCUUGAUGAGGCACAUGAGCGUUCAGUGAAUACGGAUUUGUUGUUUGCCAUUGUCCGCAAUGCAACACACAAGCGACCAACACUGAAGGUGAUUGUAACUUCUGCAACGCUUGAGAGAGAGAAGUUUUGCAACUAUUUCAAUGUUGCUGAUGUCUUUUUUAUUGAGGGCCGCACAUUCCCCGUAGAGGUAAACUUCCUCCGGGAGCCGACGGAGGACUACCUGGACUGCGCACUCCGCACUGUCAUGAAGUUGCAUCUUCAGGAGCCGCCGGGUGAUGUGUUGGUAUUCCUGACAGGGCAGGAGGAGAUUGAAUUGGGCGGCGAGCGGCUAUUUCGAUGGAUGGAGAAGUUGCGUGAGUACAGCGAGAGGCCGGUGCCGGAUAUGCUUGUGCUACCGCUCACAGCAUCGCUGCCGCAGGAGGUUCAGUCACGUGUCUUUGAGCCCACACCCCCGCGCUGCCGGAAGGUUGUGCUUGCCACCAACGUGGCUGAAACAUCCAUCACUAUCACUAACCUGUACUUUGUUGUUGACAGUGGGUUCUGCAAGCAGAAUGUCUUUGACCCCAAAACAGGAAUGGAACAACUGAAGAUUGUCCCCAUUUCACAGGCGCAGGCACAACAACGAGCCGGGCGCGCGGGGCGCAUUGGUCCCGGGAAGUGUUUCCGUAUGUACACAGAGCUACAGUUCCAAAUGGACAUGGAGCCUGCCACGGUGCCAGAUAUCCAGCGGUCUAAUCUGUUUCAUGUGGUACUACAACUGAAGGCAAUGGGCAUUAACGAUCUUUUUGCACUUGAUUUAAUGGAUCCACCGCCGCGAGAAACGUUGGUGUCGGCGUUGCAGAAACUGCGUUACCUUGAGGCGCUUGACGAUGAUGGAUUAUUAACCCCGCUGGGGGGUCGCAUGGCACAGCUCCCUAUCGAUCCCUCACAGAGCAAGACGCUUCUGACGGCUGUAGACAUGGGAUGCUGCGAGCCAGUGCUGACGAUUGUGUCGAUGCUUGCUGUGCAGAAGCGUGGGGUGUUUUACCGGCCACGAGACCAGCAUGAGGCGUCCGACGCGGCGAAGCGACAAUUCCACCAACCAGAGGGGGAUCAGAUUACACUGCUGGCAGUUUACGAUGCGUGGGUGGCAAAUGGCCUCAGCGAGGAAUGGUGUAAACGCAACUUUUUAAAGCAUCGGAUAUUGAUGGAGGCCCGUGACACACGUGAGCAGUUAAGCGACAUGUUACGCAAGCGCCACGCAUCGAUUCCGCAUCACAACGACGACGCGCUGACCGAGGUGCGGCGAGCCAUCACCGCAGGCUAUUUUUUUAACGUCGCCAAACGUAUCACGGACGUUGCAUACGCUACUCUGGCGGAACGGCGUGAGGUGUAUGUGCAUCCCUCGUCAUGCCUGCGGGAUGCACCGCCGAAGUACGUUCUGUACAACGAGUUGCAGCUGACGAAUCGAGAGUACAUGCGGGAGCUGCUGGUGAUUGAGCCCCAGUGGUUGGUUGAGCUUGCCCCGGCCUUCUACAGUAGGCCGCGAAAGGGAAAGCUGACAAAGGAACAACGAGCGGAGCGUCUCAACCCAAUUUUGCGCGCCUGGGAAAAUGGGAGCUCGUGGAGGAUCUCAAAGCUGCGUCGCCGAAAGUGA